CGGAGAACAACUUCCCCGCCGACUUUUUGUAACACCAAAGAUACUUCUAGCGUGGACUGAACGAGUCCCCAAAAAUUUGCAGACAUGAAGACACAAUGGAAGGAAAUCCCCGUCGUACCUACGCACACCGAAUUUUUGGACAUCGUCUUGUCCAGGACACAGCGUAGACUUCCUACACAGAUUCGAGCCGGUUUCCAGAUCUCUCGUAUCCGAGCCUUCUACACUCGAAAAGUCAAAUACACGGCCGAGACAUUUGUGGAGCGCCUGCAACAAACGAUUGAUGCCUUCCCUCGCUUGGCCGACAUCCACCCGUUCCACCGUGAUCUUCUCAACACGCUCUACGAUGCCGACCAUUUCCGCAUUGCACUCGGUCAGCUGUCUACAGCCAAGUCAUUGAUUGAGGCUGUUGCUCGAGACUACGUUCGUCUGUUGAAGUACGGCCAGUCUCUGUUCCAAUGUAAACAGCUCAAGCGUGCAGCGCUUGGUCGCAUGGCGACAAUCUGCAAAAGAUUGAAGGAUCCUUUGGUUUAUCUUGAGCAGGUCAGGCAGCAUCUUGGUCGUCUUCCAUCGAUUGAUCCCAACACCCGAAGCUUGGUGAUCUGUGGCUAUCCCAACGUUGGAAAGUCCAGCUUUUUGAAGAACAUUUCCAGAGCCGAUGUUGACGUGCAGCCGUAUGCAUUCACAACCAAGAGUUUGUUCGUCGGUCACUUCGAUUACAAGCUCCUCCGUUUUCAGGCAAUUGAUACGCCCGGUAUCCUCGACCACCCCUUGGAGGAAAUGAACACGAUUGAGCACCAGAGUAUCUGCGCCAUAGCUCAUUUGAGGGCUGCCAUUCUCUACUUUAUGGAUUUGUCCGAGCAGUGUGGCUACAGUGUAUCUGCACAGAUCUCCCUGUUCAACUCCAUCAAGCCACUUUUUGCUGGAAAGCAGGUUUUCAUUGUUGUCAACAAAAUUGACUUGGUCCGCCCCGAGGACCUUGAUCCCGCCACUCAAGAGCAACUCAAGUCUCUCCUUUCUAGCGAAGUUGAACUCAUGGAGAUGAGCUGCACUACUACUGACGGUGUUUUCGCUGUCCGCAAUCAGAUUUGCGACAGACUUCUCGCAGCGCGACAGGCAGAGAAGCUGAAGGGUGCUACCAACAAUGUCGGCGAGCCUUCCGGUCGUCUCGGAGACCUUUUCAGAAGGAUCCACGUUGCCCAGCCUGCUGGCGGCGUUGUGCGCGAAACUUUCAUUCCGGAUGCGGCCAAGCAGAAGAAGAAGUACGAUCCCAAUGACCCAGACCGACCAGUUCUCGAGCGUGAUUUGGAGGAAGAGAACGGUGGUGCUGGUGUCUACAAUUUCGAUAUGCGCAAGAACUACCUGCUUGAAGAUGAUGAGUGGAAGCAAGACAGAAUCCCUGAGGUCUUUAUGGGACGUAACGUCGCCGACUUCAUCGAUCCGGACAUCGAAAGCAAGCUUCAGGCUCUCGAGGAAGAAGAGGAGAAGCUCGAGGCUGAUGGAUUCUACGAGUCUGAGGAAGACCUCGAGGAUGCUGAAGAGGCAGAGAUCCGAUACAAGGCCGAGCUCAUUCGUGAGAAGAGGCAACUUCUACGCAACGAAGCAAAGAUGAGGAAGAGCCUCAAGAACAGGGCGUUGAUUCCUAGGUCUGCUAAGGCAGUCCAUAUGUCAAAGAUGCAGUCCCAUCUCGAGGAACUUGGUUAUGAUACCUCCAAGGUGGCCGAGCGCGCACGCAGCCAGAGCCGUGGAAGGAGCACCCUGCGCGGCAAGUCUGAGGGAGGUGAUCCCGAUGCCAUGGAGGUCGAUACACCAAAGGCGGCAUUCGAAAGGGCGAAGAGCAGAGCCAGGAGCCAGAGCACCAAUAGGCGUAAUGACGGUGUUACUGACGAACUUGCCGUUACCAAGGCCGAGAAGCUGGCUAAGUUGUCCCAGAAGAAGAUGAACAGAAUGGCCAGACAGGGUGAGGCCGAUAGGCACCAGACCAGUUCGCUUUCGAAAUACUUGACUGUUGGCAAGCGUGGAAUUGGCAAGACAAACAGAAGGUAGACGUUCCCAAUCAUACGAUUCAUGUUGGCUCUGGUAUUCACAGGCGGAAAAAUCACGACAUGGCGUUCAGGAUGCAUUUGAUACCACCUCUUCGCCAUGCAGCAAAGGGAUUAGUUGGUGGACUUAUACAGAUUUCAUUACCAAAAUUUACAUGCGUGCUCUCGCUUUUUAGCUUCAACCAGGACGAAUUUGGAUGAAUGUGUUACUUAUUCCGACCCCAACCCAAG